AUGGAAGUUCUUGACCCGAGUGUUUCGCGGGACGAUGCACCUCUUACCGACCAUGACUCCCUGCAAAAAGCUUCAACUUCAACACAUGAUAUUGAAGACAGUAAAGCAUGUAUAAAAUCAAGACAAGUUUUUGGUUUUCUUGGCUUUAUGGGAUUUGCAUUAGUUUAUGCAAUGAGGGUCAAUUUAACUGUGGCAAUAGUAUCAAUGGUCAACCAAACAAACUCAGUUGAUCCAAAUGAUGAUGUUGUAGAUUCCUGUCCUUAUAAUAAUACAAAUUCUAAUAACAGUACUAUUAUUCCAAGUAAAGGUGAAUUCAACUGGGAUGAAAAAACACAAGGCCUUAUACUAGGUGCAUUUUUCUUGGGUUACGUAAUGACUAAUGUACCUGGAGGAAGACUUGCAGAAAAAAAGGGAGGAAAAUUGAUUUAUGGAUUAGGAGUAUUUUUGACAUCAGUGUUAACUGUCAUAAGCCCCUUUGCUGCAUACAUGGAUCAAACCAGUUUAGGCUUGUAUCCUUUUUUAAUCAUCAGAGUAGCAGAAGGUAUUACUGAGGGUGUAACAUAUCCAUCCAUGCACACAAUGUUGGCACAUUGGAUACCUCCAUGUGAAAGGAGUAAAUUUGCUGCCUUGGUAUAUGCAGGUGCUAAUUUUGGAACUGUUAUAUCAUUACCAGUAGCUGGUUAUUUGUGCUCUCUAGAUUUAUGGGGUGGAUGGCCUCUUUCAUUUUAUUUAUUUGGCAUCCUUGGUAUGAUUUGGUAUGUGUUUUGGUUAUUAUUUGUAUAUGAUACACCAGCUCAACAUCCUAGAAUAGAUCCUCAAGAAAGAGCUUACAUUGAAUCGAAAGUGGAACCAAAGCAUGAUGGGGAAAAUGAUAGUGUACCAUGGCUAUCAAUAUUCACAUCUCUUCCAAUGUGGGCUAUUGCUAUUACUCAAUGUGGUCAAGCUUGGGCAUUUUACACCCUUUUAAAUGAACUUCCGACUUACAUGGAUCGGAUUCUGCAUUUUGACGUGCAAAAAGAUGCAUUUUUAUCUGCUCUACCUUACUUUACACCUUGGAUAUUAGGAUUAUUCCUUUCAGCCAUUGCUGAUGCAUUAUUGGCUCGUAAUAUUUUGUCACCCCUCACAUCAUUGAAAGUGUGGAAUACUGUGUCAUGCCUAGGGCCAAGUUUAAGUUUUUUGGGAGCCAUUUGGGCCAAGUGUGAUCGUAUCACUGUGAUGUUCAUGUUGUCUGGUUUUGGAGCAUUUUAUGGGGCUGUUUAUGCAGGAAAUCAAAUAAACCACAUAGCUCUUGCACCUCGUUACGCCGGAACUUUAUAUGGAAUCACUAACUCUCUUGCUAACACUUGCGGAUUUCUCGCUCCUUAUAUAAUAGGACAAAUUGUCAAUGGUCACGAAUCUCUUGAACGGUGGCAUACAGUAUUUUUAAUAGCGGCGGUCAUUAACAUGGGAGGAAAUUGUUUUUAUCUUAUAUUUGCUUCAGCUUCCGAACAAUCGUGGAGUAGAAACAGAAGUUGAUGACUAAUUUUUCGACGCGAUGUGAUAAGCGAUAUGAGGUCGGAUCGAUUGGCGCUCAGCACAUUUUAUGGUUAAGACAUUAUCGAAUAAGAAUACAUUACGUUAAACUAUUGUUUUCAAAAUUCAGUAAAAGUAUUAUUUUAUUA